AUGGGAACCCCACUGAAUGGGACGGUGAUUAUCACAGGAGGAAACGGGUCCCUGGGCUCAGAAAUAGCCGUGGCCAUUGCGAAAAAGCAACCGUUUGCCCAUCUGCUGCUGACAGCACGAAAUGUCCGGGCCGAGGAGGUGCGCAACGUAACGAAUCGGAUCCGCCUCAUCGGGCCCCGAUCGGUCGAAGUCCUCACCCUCGACCUGACCGAGUCGAGAUCCGUGCUGGGCUUUGCGAAAGAUACCGUGGACCGCGUGCGCAACAGGGAGAUUCCGCCGGUGGUCAACCUGAUCCAUUCGGCCGCCAUUUCAUCUUAUGUCGUGGACGAGCCCACGCCCGAUGGCUACGACCCGGUAUAUCAAACCAACUGCAUUGGUCCGUUCUUGUUGACCCUGGGUCUGCUUGAGGCCUUCCGGGCCGGGGAUGGCACCCCGAAUGGAGGCGCAAAGGUGAUCAAUAUCGGGUGCGCGGCUGCAUCCUAUGGGCGAUUGGAUUAUUUUGAUGACGAUAACAACAUUACCCGAUCACCGGGGACACCUUUGAGUGUCAAAGAGGCACAGGUCCGCUAUGCGAGUAGCAAACUAUUAGCCAGUGCUGCGCUGUAUGCGCUGCGAAGAAGCUUGGUGUGGACGGGUAACAUCUCGCUUGACAUCUUCACGUUGGAUCCCGGGGGAAUGACCGGCGGCAGGCACAUGCGCACCGGGGCCCCCCUGUCGGUCAGAGUCGCACAUCACACACGGUCGAGUCUUCGGCCAUUUCUGCGCAUGAUGUCCCGAAGCUCAAUGAACCGGGCCAGUGUUCCGGCCAAGGCGAUCGCCAAGGUCGCAUUCCAGAGUGAUUUGGUGGAGAACUGGCGCAGAGAGCGGUACUAUAUCCUCGACAGCGAGUACGAGGCCGCAUCUGUUCUGCCCAUUCUGCGGGAUGGCUCACUGAUGGGGGCUUUGCUGGUGCAGUUGAUGAAACAGGUAGACGUGGGAUCCAAGAUUCAUAGUGAUGGCUCGCCGAGGAGGACGCGCGCAAGCAUGUUUCAGCCUCGCGUCCAGCCAGCCUUUCGACGUCGGCGGCAGCUCCUCCAACGACUAUUCCUUCUCGCCGGAGUUUUGUUACUGCUCGUGAUCUUGAUUUUUCCCUCAUGGCGCGCCGCAAUCCUUCCCACCCUGUCCCUCGGUCUCCUUUCCUCCUCGGAGGACCUACAACUCCAGACGGUGCGGUACUAUGAUCUGUCGCAAGUGCAGGGGUCGGAGAAGGGAUGGGAGCGUGGCGAGCGAGUACUCAUGCUGACGCCGCUGCGUGAUGCCUCUUCGCACCUCCACAUGUUCUUCUCGCAUCUUCGCAACUUGACCUACCCGCACAACCUCAUCGACCUUGCGUUUCUGGUAUCGGAUUCACGCGAUGACACUCUUGGCAUGCUGUCGCGCAUGCUCGAAGAGAUCCAGAACGACGCGGACCCGAAAAUGACCUUCGGAGAGAUCUCGGUGAUCCAGAAAGACUUUGGGCAGAAGGUGCAACAGGACGUGGAGAGCCGGCAUGGAUUCGAAGCACAAGCUAAUCGGCGGAAGCUGAUGGCUCAGGCCAGGAAUUGGCUGCUGAGCGCAACACUGCGUCCGACCCACAGCUGGGUGUACUGGAGAGAUGCGGACGUGGAAACCGCGCCAUUUACGAUCAUUGAGGACCUAAUGCGGCACGACAAGGAUGUGACUGUCCCGAAUGUAUGGCGACCGCUCCCGGACUGGCUCGGUGGAGAGCAGCCAUAUGAUUUGAAUUCGUGGCAGGAAUCCGAAACCGCACUGGCUCUGGCAGACACUCUGGAUGAAGAUGCUGUGAUCGUGGAAGGGUACGCCGAGUAUGCAACGUGGCGCCCUCACCUUGCCUACCUGCGGGAUCCCUACGGCGAUCCAGAUAUGGAAAUGGAGCUGGACGGAAUCGGAGGGGUCAGCAUCCUGGCCAAGGCUCGCGUUUUCCGCGCUGGCGUGCAUUUCCCGGCGUUCAGUUUCGAGAAACAUGCCGAGACCGAGGGGUUUGGAAAGAUGGCCAAACGGAUGAAAUUCUCGGUCAUUGGACUGCCACAUUACACGAUAUGGCAUCUCUACGAGCCUAGCGUCGACGACCUGCGCCACAUGGAGGAGAUGGAGAUGGAGCGACAAGCUCUCCAACGAGAAGAAAAGGAGCGCGCCCAACAAAAAGAAAACGGCCAAUCCAAGCCUCGGAAUGCGGACCAUGUGAAGGACGAAUCUACCAAAAGCUCCGAAGACGGCCCGGCUGCUCAGCCUGCGAAAGAUGCUGGCAAGGGAGCCUCCAAUGGCAAGGACAAUUAA